AUGUGGAAGCUGAUUGGAAAGCUCCUUAUCCUAGGCGCCGCGCGCCGUUGGGCCAAACGCCCAACUGCCGCGGCUGAGACUGCCGCUCUGAUCCUGGUCCUCAAUGAACACCGACUGGGCCGCGGACCUCGACGUGACGUACUGCUGCGUGCCGCACACGUCAUCCUCCUGCCUGCCGCUCUCAUCAAAACCGUACGACUUGUCAAAUUCCUAGCGAUCGGCAAGCGGACGCGAGGACCUGGCGGUGGCGGCGUGCCGCCGCCGCUGCCGCGUCCUGUUCCCCGGGCGGAGUGGGGUCUGCUGCAGGUGCCCGAGGUGGCGCCCGAGUAUGCGGCCUGGGUGCGCUGCCUGCGCAACGUCUUAGCUCAACAGGGCUUGCAGUCCCUGCCCCCGGGGUUAGAUCCGGAUGGGUUGGAGUUGACACGGUACCUGCUGUACGGCGGACUGCUGGCGGCCCACAAACCGGCCGACGCCGCUCGUGCAGUGGCGGUCACUGCUGCCCGAAGAGCUGCAGGCAGGGUAUUUGGAGUGAGGGAUGUGGGCGAUGGGACUUUGUGGCUGCACGUACACCUCGCGAGAGCUGUGAAGCGAUGCAAUCAGGGAGAGGGACGGAGUAGCGGCGGCGGUGUAGCGGGCCGGCUGGACGACCGGAUCCGGGUGGUGGUGGUUGGGUCCGGGUCGAAUGUACGACAGGCGGUACGGAUGCUACCACUGUUUCGCGAGUUUGCUCGUCUGGUUCAGCGGCAUUAUCCGGGCCGAUUGCGGGCGAUGUACCUGGUCGACCUGCCCCGAGGACUGCGGAUGAGUGUGGGGGCGGUGCUGAACCUGCUGUCGAAUGAGACACGGCAGAAAGUCAAUGUGUGCCGGUUAGAGGACCUGCCGGAUUGCAUCUCUGGCGCUAUAGCGGCUCGGGAAGCUGCCGCAGCAGCAGCAGCAGCGGCCGCGGCACUGCAUCGCCAUCCUGUUACCCUGGCGCCGGACCGGCAGCGGCGGCGGGGACGGGAGCGUCAGGGCGAAGGUGGGGCAGGACAGGAGGGGGAAGGGGGGGAGGAAGGAGAAGGCGAAGAAGAGGAUGGCGGCGUCAGCGGAGCCGCCACUGCCGCAGAAGCGGCGGCUGCCGGCCGUAGCGGCGCUGCCGGCCGUCUGCUGGCAGCGGCGUUAGCGUUAGCGCUGGCGGCGGCGGCGGCGUGCCGGCUGGGGCCGUCGUUAGGUCGGGCGGCGGGGGCUCGGGGCGGCGGCACCGCCGCCGCGGCAGCAGCGGCGGCAGCUGCCGCCGCGCAGGUGCAGCUACAGCAGCUUCACGAGCUACGGCUGUGGCUGAUGCGAGUGAUACCAGCCCUGGUGAUGGCGGCGAUGGCUUGCCUCACGUAUAAAAGCCUGCUGGCGCGACCCUAG